GCUCUCGAGUCAAGCAACUCUUAGGUAACGACUGGAUCUUCUAGAGGUCAAUCAUUUCCAGUUUGAUUACAAGAUUUGGUGAACAUGCCAGUUUAUAUUACAAAGUCAUAUCCAAUGUAUUGCGCUCGGAGAUAUGCCAACUUCGAAUUAUGGUAUAUCGUCCCAAUCCGGUAAUCUUGUGUAUUAUGAAGUCUUGCAUGAAAUAUUGGAAGUCCAUUAUCCGGGAAUGAUUGAGUUGAGGUUCGUUGCAUUUUACUGGGAUUGGUAUGAUCCAACUCGAGGCGUACGACAAGACGAAUUUGGUGUAACAUCUGUGCAUUCGAUACGAAAACUUCCGAAGUACGAUCCAUUCAUACUUGCUUCACAAGAAGAUCAAGUUUGCUACAUUCGCUACCCUCGAGUUAAGAACAAGGAUGAUCAUUGGAUCACAGUGACGGCAAUACAUCCAAGAGGAAGGGUAGAUGGGGUUUGUGAUCACGAUCCUUUGCAGCAAAAUGGAGUUGGAUACUUAGGUCCGGUUGAACUUUCACUUGAAGUCGAUCUUGUUGUUGAUUUCGACAGUGAUGGAGAUGAUGAGGUGCAUGAGGAUUCUGAAGAUGAGGUUGAGGAAUUUGACGACUCAGAUUCAAUUCCUUCGGAUUAUUCUUUAGAUUCAGAUUCGGAGUAGAAGAUGUUAUAUAUUUAUUUUUUUUGAAACUUUUAUUCUCUUUUUCAUCUGAUGCAAAGAAGAAUAGUCACAAUCUCAUCAGAGAUUUGUCGAGACAAGCGAUUACCUCGCAGAUCACUACAUUAAAUGUUGGAAUCAAGUCUUUGAUUAAUC